AUGGGUCGACCGAAAAGCCGCCGCGCGUUAAGCGCGAGUCGCUUCAUGGAGGGCUCUAUGAACGAUAGGACCUCCGCGGCACCGCCCGUACAUUUUCUUGGCCCUGAAGAGCGCGCUGCCCUCGAGCGUCCUGUUCUGGCGAGGAUCAAGUCAAACAAUACUCGGCCGAUGAGCGAUGACUUCUCCGAGAAGCAGGUCAAGCGGGGAAGACUGCUGGGCCAAGUCUGGGACGAGGUCCGUGGUCGACUGGGGUUCAGACGCGAUAAUGAUGAGGACAGAGCCGCCAGCAAGCGAUCGAGGAGUCGCAAGCGAGAUCACUCCGAGCAACGCGGAAGGCAGAUGGACAGAGAUGAUGUUUCUAUGGAAGACAGGUCUACGGAGGUUAAGGCUGCCGAAGAGCCACUGAGGGAAGACAUGCCGAGUCGGGAGGAGAUAUUGGCCAACUACCAUAAUUUGAUGGCGUCAGGUUUCUUCUCUUCUCAUGCUAUACAGUCUACCCGUCAACCACCCCCAGGCUCUAUUCAAACAUCAGCUCAAACGCCUACUCCCCCUCCUCCAGCGCCCACUUACAGCGCACCUCCGCCACCAACAUCACCUAGAUCACCUACAUCGCCCAAGUCGCCUUCUAAAAUCAGGCAUGCUCUCAGACCACACUCACCCUCUCCUGGACCAGGAGCUGCUACAUAUGACGAGCUCGUUGCCUCGGGAUUCUUUACACCCCCGGUCUCUGACGACACUCAACCACCAACACCUUUUGGCGCUGCCCCGGCCCCAACUGUGCCUACUGGCGUGAUAUCAAAGGAUUAUCUCUCGCCGCCUCGACAGAUUAGAGGUUCUCGAAUAGCAACCCCAGCAACCUCAUGUGCACCCUCUCCUAUUCGAUCACCAGCUAGCGCAUCGUCCAGGGGAACCAAGCGUGCUGCCGCGGACUCCAAUUCAGACGAUGAAGACGAUGAUGCAGAUCGAGAUCCCCCUACGCCGAAGAAGAAGUUGCGCAAGUCUGCUUCCCGAGAGAUCACUCUUCCUUCGCUUCGAAAUGCUGCCUCCCGCCGCAGCAUGCUUUCUUCUCGACGUAGUGUGUCGGGACCCUACGGAGUGAGCAGGGAGUACAACAAUCUUGCCCGCCGCGUCCUUGGGCGUCUACCCGGAGGUGGUGGCCGAGGCUCUAUUGAACUCGAUCGUCGGUCCGAUUCUGCUGCUAGAGACAGUACCGAAGAGUCCAGACAACCACUGCAGGAGGUCCAAUACUCGCGAGUUCUGCGUUCGCGUAGGAGCGUCGUAGAAGUGCUUCGUGUUGUGCCGAAUGCUAACAGGGGCAUCCCAAAGGUGCCCAACAUUCCCGACAAGUUUGCCCACUACGACCAAAACGCCGAGAACGCUGCCCCAGCAGUACGUUCUCGCUAUUAG